CAGGAUUGGACUGGAAUCAGAACAAGAAGUCCCUUUUAGUGUGCCUUUUGCUCUCUAUUGAAACUAACUGGAAAGAUGGUUGAUAGUCCCUUUAAUCGCGGUUCAACUCUUGUGGGUGAAUCUAAUCAUGGACACUUUAGGCGCACUUGCGCUUGCUACAGAAGGGCCCACUAAGGAACUCUUGAACAAACCACCCGUGGGUCGUGUCGAACCUCUUAUAACUAAUAUCAUGUGGAGAAACCUACUUGCACAAGCUAUUUUCCAGAUUACUGUUCUAUUAACGUUCCCUUUUAAAGUGUUUAAUGAGUUUAACUCGAGGAAGCUGGAGAAAAGGAAUAUAUACAAAGGUAUUCACAAAAACAGAUUGUUUGUUGGAAUAAUCGGGAUUACGCUAAUUCUCCAAGUUGUGAUGAUGGAGUUUUUGAAGAAGUUUGCGGAUACAGAAAGAUUAAAUGGUGUGCAGUGGGGAAAUUGUAUUGGUAUUGCAGCUUUAUUGUGGCCUAUUGGAUGGGUUGUUAAGUUGAUACCAGUACCUAAGAUACAGUUCGCAUGUAUAUAUUCAUAUAGUUCAUACACUUGUAUACAUUCGUUAUAUCCAAAUGGAACAGCUUGAGUGCCUUGAAACUUCCAAAGUAAUAUCCAAAUGCUUUUAUACUUUUAGAAUGAUUUAAUUAAAUAAAUUAGUUGUAAGAGCGGGACAUGUUUUCGCUUUUACAUGGAAGCUUAUAACCUGAUUUUCAACUUGAUCUAUGUUAAGUUUUUGAUUCAGCUAAGAUUUUGUGUUUUAUUAUGCAGAUAUGCAAUGAUAAAGAUCAAGCAAAUUCAUGGUUCCGUGGCUUAAAACUGUACUUUACUCGCUUUGUUGUUUUAAAAUUAAGGAAUUUGGCUUGAGUUGUAGUCAUAUAAGUUUAAUAAAUUUUGGCCUUAUUGAGUUUUUACACUAUAAUUUGUUUAACCAAGUGAUAUUAAGCCUAUAAUAAUUGAUUUUGUUA